AGCCAGUCUACUGGCAUCUGUGCACACCGUGCUCCAGCUCACUCUUUCUGCUUUUUUUUUUUUUUUGUGCAACUUGCUGGUCCUUAUUUGAGUCCAAUUAUGUAAUUGGGCUGCUAAUGACAGCGAGGGAAUCUAACUAGCUUUAAUGAGUUGUUCAGGUGGAGAUGGAGGCAGCAGCCCGGCGCCGCAUCACAUGCUGCACAACUGCCAGCCUGCAAGACACAACUAGACUCCUGGAUACACUUUGCUUCUUCCUCUGCUUCUUCUCCAAGCCUAAUCAAGUGGAUUCUUCCCCACACCUUCUCCUGACCACCUCAGUGGCUGCGAGGCGGACGGACCAAUGGGCUGGCCGCCUGGAGGGCGCGGACCAAUCAGCGGCGGCCAGGCAUGAAUAUUCAUGAGUGGCAGAUUCAAACCUCCGGGGGAGUUUAUCUCGCUCCGCAGCAUCACACCUGCCACUUUCCACGGGCACAAACGGAAUUUUCUUAUGAAUGGAAGGAGAAAAAAGCGGUGCGACUUAAAUCGGGAGCCCUCCCGGUCUGAACUCACACGACAAAAGCCGGAGGAGGACGGAAGAUGACAAUGACCGCAAUCCCAGAAAGUCUCAACAGUCCCGCCUCAGGAAAAAGCGUCUUCAUGGAGUUCGGACCUCCGAGUCAACAAAUGUCUCCGUCCUCCAUGACGCACGGACACUACCCGGUGCAUUGUUUACACUCGGCGGGCCACGGCCAGCACGACAGCUAUAGCCCGGGCCCCAACUUCCCUAGAACCCUGACCUACCCGUACAUCAACUCGGUGGGCAACCACUCCAGCAGCGCCUACCUCGGCUCGGUCCAAACCUACCAGAACAGCAGCGGCCUGCCCCAGACCCGCUUGGAGGACGCAGCAGCACCGGAAGCCGGCAAGAACGCGGUGGUCGAAGGCGGCGAGGUCCGCUUCAACGGCAAAGGGAAAAAGAUCCGAAAACCUCGAACCAUCUACUCCAGUUUGCAACUCCAAGCCCUCAACAGAAGAUUUCAACAAACGCAAUAUUUGGCCUUGCCGGAAAGAGCCGAGCUCGCGGCGUCUCUGGGACUCACGCAAACGCAGGUGAAGAUUUGGUUUCAAAAUAAGAGGUCCAAGUUCAAGAAACUGAUGAAGCAAGGCGGCGGCACUAUUGACACUAACGCCCUGGCCACCGGCCGCGGACUCUCCAGCGGCUCCCCGACAGUCGCGCCCGUCUGGAGCGCGCCCGCCGCCGUCAAGACGUCAGUCGGCACCACCGGGUCUUACAUCCCGGCCUACACGUCGUGGUACCCCGGGGCGCACCAGGAGUCUAUGCAACAGUCCUCCCAGCUCAUGUGAACUCACACACACACACACAUACACACACACACACACACACACACACGGUCGGGACACCUGCCAAGGUGUGUCUGUGGGGGUGAGACAGGUGGGGGGUGUCGGACUUGGCACCCACACACCCACCCUGCACCCACAGGUCAUGACGCACGACACCAACUGUGGAGUUCACCUCAAGCCGGAACCAGAAGGAAAAAGCUGAGAAACUUGAAAAAGGAGCUUUUUUUCCCCACAAGCGGAUCAAUAUUCAUGAAACAUUGUUUUUGCUGCUCUUUAAUAUCUUUUUCAAUCAUAUUUGUGGAGACAAACUGCACCACGCAGGCUACAAUAAACCUAUUUUUGUUUUCUUUAUUGCGUUACCCACCAUCAGUAGGACAUCUUUGCACCAAAUGAAAUAAUAACCCAGCAUAAUGUAAAAAAAAAAAACAACAACUUGUUUUUAUGUGUUCAUUAUUUAAGUUAAAUUAUUGGAACAUUUUUUUUCUUUCCUGUUGAGGCCAGUCUUGUGUUGAUUUGUGUGUUUAAAAUGAAACAACAUUGUGUUGUUAUGCUGCACUAUAUUGUUAUUGUUUUUUUUGUUUUUCUCCCCCAAGUGGGGAAAAUAAGACCUGGCUAUUAAAAGCUGCACCAGAAACAAAAAAUGAUAUCACACACCAGACGAGCAGCUCAUUUUUCUCACUGUAUUUUGUAGAUAUACGUUGAACAAAACAAAAAAAUAUUGUUUUGUGCUUUACUGGCUGUGAAAGGUUUUAGACUUGUUGUGUUCGUCAUAUUUGUGUUUAGUCCACAUAGAAAAGAUUUAGUUUUGUAUUUUUUAUUUAUUGCCUCUAUAUAUGUACAUACUGUGCACAUUUUCACAAAGCAGUAAAAUGAUAUAAAUUAUGUGAAUAAUUG